AUGUCCAUCCUUCCAAUAACCGCCGAAGAGAUCGCAAAAGCUACGGCCAGCGCUGUGUUCCUCCCCAGGGUGGUAGACUACAUCGAGAAGGGUUGGCCCGCAAGUGUUCCCGCUGAGUUGGUUCCAUACUCUCAGCGGCAGACAGAAAUGGUAGUCCGCAGGGGUUGUGUCCUAUGGGGCUUGCGUACUGUCAUUCCCCCCACAUUCAGAGAAGCGAUGCUAGACAUCCUCCAUGACUGUCACGUUGGACAGACUGAGAUGAAGAUGUUGGCACGUUCAUACGUCUGGUGGCCUGGGUUGGACAAGGCGAUCGAGAUGAAGGUGAAGCACUGUGACCCGUGUGCGGCAGUGGCCGCUCAAGAUGUACCGGUACCCUUACACCAGUGGGAACCUCCAGACGGGCCUUGGGUCCGGCUUCACGGGGAUUUUGCUGAACUGCAAGGAGUCAAUUACCUAAUCGACAUCGACGCACUCAGAAAAUGUCCUGACGUUAAAUGCAUGUCCAAGACCACCGCCAGCAAGACAGUGGACGCAUUGGCUGACGUAUUUGCCCAGAACGGGUUUCCUGACGUCCUUGUUGCGGAUAACGGACCCCCGUUUACCAGCGAGGUUCUCGGAAACUAUCUGGGAGCAAAGGAAAUCCGUCAUAUCUUCGCUCCUCCACACCAUCCAAAAUCGAAUAGCCUCGCAGAUAACUUUGUACGAACGUUCAAGACAGCCGUUCGCCGUUCUACUUCGGAGGGAGGAGAAUGGGAUCGAGUGCGCGAUUUCGUCUUCAAAUAUCGCGUUAUUCCUCAUGCAACGACAGGUCGUCCACCAUGUGAACUUCUAAAUCGCAGACACUACCGAUCGGUGCUGGAUCUGGUGUGUCCGGACAAUGCUCAGGACGUGAGCACGUCUGAGUCCUCGAGAAAAGCCCGUGCUAGACAGAAGAGGAACCACGACAUUCGAACCCGCGAUCGCAGCUUCGUAAUCGGCCAGAAACUGUGGAUGCUGGACCCCAUCAAAAAAGGCCACUGGAAACUUAAAUUGUAG